AUGAGCGCCCCCGUAUGCCCCCUCCUCGGGCUCUGGCUGUGGCUGUGGCUGGGUGUUUCCCUGGGACUCAGCCAGGGACAAGCGAGCAGCCGCCUGAGGCUGGCUGUGCUGCCCGAGGACCAGCUGCAGAUGAAGUGGAGGGAGUCGGAAGGGGGCAGCCUCGGCUACCUGGUACAGCUGAAGCCCAGGGCAGGGGAUGCGGAACAGGAGGUGAUGUUGACCACCAAGACCCCCAAGGCCACGGUGGGGGGCUUGAGCCCCUCCAAGGGCUACACCGUGCAGAUCUUCGAGCUCACCAGCUCAGGGAAUGCCCUGCUGGCGCAGCAGGAGUUUGUGAUUGAGGAUCUGAAGAGUCACUCUGUGAGCAGGAGUGGCCGGAUGCCGCUGGAGGCAGCCGUGGAGCCCAUGCCCUUCCACGUGGGGAGCCCAGACCCUGAGCCCCGAGUUGCCUUGUCCCCAAGCCAAGACCCGCCCACUCCUGCUAGCCCCCAGUUCCGCUGCACACCCCCCACACCCGUGGACAUGAUCUUCCUGGUGGACGGGUCCUGGAGUAUUGGCCACGGUCAUUUCCAGCAGGUCAAAGAUUUCCUGGCCAGCGUCAUCGAGCCCUUUGAAAUUGGGCCAAAUAAAGUCCAAGUCGGCCUGACUCAGUACAGUGGAGACCCCCAGACCGAGUGGGACCUCAGCGCCUUCCGCACCAAGGAGGAGGUGGUGACAGCUGUCCGCAGCCUCCGCUACAGAGGGGGAAACACGUUCACAGGCCUGGCCCUGACUCACGUGCGGGAGCAGAACCUGAAGCCUGGAGCGGGGACCCGUCCAGAGGCGGCCAAGGUGGUGAUCCUAGUGACGGACGGCAAAUCCCAGGAUGAUGUCCGUGCUGCUGGCCAUGUCCUCAAGGACCUGGGUGUUGCCGUCUUUGCUGUGGGCGUGAAGAACGCGGAUGAGGCUGAGCUGCAGCUCCUGGCGUCCCCGCCGCUGGACAUCACCGUCCACAACGUGCAGGACUUCCCGCAGCUCGGCACCUUGGCCGGCUUGCUCAGCCGCCUCAUCUGCCAGAAGGUGCAGGGCGGGAGCCGGGGCCCUGGUACACCGGCCGCUGCCACCCCGGCCCCGGACACCGCCUGCACUCCCACCAGCCUGGUUGUGACCCAGGUGACCUCUUCCAGCGUCCGCCUGUCCUGGACCGCAGCCCCCCAGCUGCCGCUCAAGUAUCUGAUCACGUGGCAGCCUUCCGGGGGCGGCACCCCGCAGGAGGUGGUGGUGGAGGGGCCCACCUCGUCCGCGGAGCUUCACAGCCUGAUGGCCGGCACCGAGUACUUGGUGUCUGUGUUCCCUGUUGGCAAGGCCGGGGUCGGCCAGGGCCUGCGGGGCCUUGUGACCACAGCGCCUCUGCCUGCGCCCCAGGCCCUGACCCUGGCUGCCGUGACCCCCAGAACCAUCCGCCUGACCUGGCGGCCCUCGGCUGGGGCCACACAGUACCUCGUGCGAUGCUUGCCGGCCUUCCCCCGGGGCCAGGAGGAGGGCAGAGAGGUGCGGGUGGGACAGCCAGAGGCGCUGCUGGACGGCCUGGAGCCUGGCACAGACUAUGAUGUCUGGGUGCAGAGCUUGCAAGGGACAGAGGCCAGCGAGGCCCAGGGCAUCCGUGCCAGGACCGCCACCCUGGCGCCCCCCAGACACCUCGGCUUCUCGGAUGUGAGUCACGACUCAGCCCGCGUGUUCUGGGAGGGCAUCCCGAGGCCCGUGCGCCUGUUCAGGGUCAGCUUUGUCUCCAGUGAGGGCAGCCACUCCGGGCAGGUGGAGGCCCCUGGGAACGCCACCUCAGCCACUCUGGGCCCUCUCUCCUCCUCCACCACGUAUUCUGUCCGCGUCACCUGCCUCUACCCUGCGGGCGGUUCCUCCACGCUGACCGGCCGCCUGACCACACGGAAGGUCCCCAGCCCGAGCCAGCUCUCGGUGACAGAGCUCCCUGGGGACGAGGUCCAGCUGGAGUGGGCGGCCGCCGCGGCUUCUGGAGUGCUCGUCUACCAGAUCAAGUGGACUCCCCUGGGAGACGGGAAGGCCCGUGAGAUCUCUGUCCCAGGGAACCUGGGCAUGGCGGUCCUGCCUGGCUUCCGAAGCCACUUGGAGUAUGAGAUCACCAUCCUGGCCUACUACAGGGAUGGGGCCCGCAGCGACCCAGUGUCCCUCCGCUACACCCCUGCACUCCAGAGCCCACCCUCCAACCUGGCCCUGGCUUCCGAGUCACCCAGCAGCCUGCGGGUCAGCUGGACCCCCCCAAGCGGCCACGUCCUCCGCUACCGGCUCACCUACGUGCUGGCCUCGGGCUCGGGAUCCGAGAAGUCGAUCUCUGUCCCAGGACCCAGCAGCCACGUGACGCUCCCCGACCUGCUGGCAGCCACCAAAUACAGGGUCCUGGUCUCGGCAGUCUACGGAGCAGGGGAGAGUACGCCAGUGUCCGCCACAGGCCAGACGGGUGAGUGGCACCAAGACCACCAGACCCAGCCAGACCCC